GUCACUUUAUGUGUCAUCAAACAAUUAUUGGGAAGAUAUAGUACCCGUUAUUUUUAUAACAAACUUAAAACAUUAAUGUUUUGGAGUUUUAUUUGGCGGCUUAUUCAGUAAAUAAAGCGUUUAAAAUGGUUUACGUUAAAGGAGAUGGCACAGUGGUCGAGAAUCACCCAUUAAGCAUUUUUGGCUUGUUUUGGGGAAUUGUUAACUUCUGUCAUUUACUUUUCAGGACCUUGGUCGACCCCAAUUACAACAAACAUGGUAACAAAUAUGAAAGAGACUUCCGUCCACCUGGCAGUGGGCCACCAAAGCCGCCAACGCGAAAAUUUGGAGGAUUUGGGCCGUCUGGGAGUGGACCCUCGCCUCCACCAGCGGGGGGUUGUGGUGGAUGUGGCUGUAACUGAAUUAAUCAAUCUAUCAUGAGUAUAGUAGAAAUCUGAAAGAUACUUUCUUUUAUAAAAUACAUUUCGAGAAUAUAUUUUAUUAACUUACGAAAUGCUAAUAUCUUAACUUUCAGUGCAAUGAAUGAUCACUCGGAACUUAUGUUGUUAAAAAAUAACUUACUUAGUACUAAGACUUCUAGAUACAAGACAUGACUAUUUACACUUUACCAGCUCGGUUAAAAAUUGUAAAAAGGCCAGCACUCUAGUUAAGUUAAGAGCUGUGUGUAAAAAAGAAUUGGCACCGCCAUUAAUAUAAAAUUGCCUUGUCACUGUAAUGCUGUAAACGAUAUAAUUAAUAAUAAUAAUAUCGUUUAUAUCUUUCAUCAAACUUGCACAUAUAGUGAGUUGACGAACUGGCUAUCCUAGCUAGAUUUUAUCUGUGUUAAGGAUGACUAUGCUUUGUCUAAUUUAGGAUGAGCAGGUGCUCGCCCGUAAAGUUUCAUAUUCUUUUUCGGUAAAAUAUAAUACAGAUAAUUUCGUAUUUCAUUGAUAGUAACCUACUACAUACAAACUAUCAAAAUCUGUUUUUAAAUAAAUUAAAGAGUGUUCCCGUGAUAAAAAGUCCAAUUUUCAUUCAGUUCAUAGAACAGGUACAGAAUCUUCGAAACUGUUUCAUCCUUUUAGAAGAGGAUUUUAGAUGAUAGCUAAUUGAGUGCCGUAUUGGCAGCUCUCUGACAGUGGCGUGCAUGUAGCGUUUGAUCACGGUAUGCAUAAAGCAGGAAGAUGGCAUAAAAUUGAAAAAUCCUACGAGUUUAUGAAAAAAAUUGGGUAGGCAAUGCUUUUGUGCAAGUAUGAAGUGCACGCCACUGCUCUCUGUUUAUAUGCCUUAAUAUUACUAUGCCAAGUAGCCCGGUCCAAUACAGAAUUCAGAAGUGUUGUAUUUAGGUAAUGCAGAUGCCUCUAUCUGCAUUACCUAACUACAACAGCUUCGAUUUUACAUCACACUGUUGCAUAUCACGCUUCAAUUAUUGGUUCUGUACGCCAACGGACAUGGUCGCUUUUUUCCACACACUUCAUUACUUGGGCCAUAAAAGAACCCAACCGUCAAAAUUUGAAGUUUCUAAGUACAUCAGUAAGUCAGCCUUUACAUAUAUACAUAUAUAGAAGAAAAAGAUAUAUAAAUGGAAUUUUAGCACGUCAGUUAUAGACAUAUAAUAUAUUAUAACCUUUUAAUUACUAUUACACUUAUUAAUAUAACUAUGUAAGAAAAG